AGCGGGGGAAGUGAGGAAGGGAGAAUGUCUCAGGAUGUCCUUCCGGGACGCCCAGCCCACCCCAGUGAGGAGUAAAGCUAGUUGACACCGGAUGUGUUUCCUCCCAGGCUAAGUCCACCUUCCGGCCUGGGCCGCCGCUGCUGCGGAAAGCUGGGCUCUGGCUCCCUGAGUCGAUUGUGACCAUGGCUGCUGAAUCCGAUGUUCUGCACUUCCAGUUUGAACAGCAAGGAGAUGUAGUCUUGCAGAAAAUGAAUCUCUUGAGACAGCAGAAUUUAUUUUGCGAUGUGUCAAUUUAUAUCAAUGACACUGAGUUCCAGGGGCACAAGGUGAUUUUAGCUGCUUGCUCCACUUUCAUGAGAGAUCAGUUUUUACUUACGCAGUCAAAACAUGUCAGAAUCACCAUCUUGCAGAGUGCAGAAGUUGGCAGAAAACUGUUGCUCUCUUGCUAUACUGGAGCACUUGAAGUUAAAAGGAAAGAGCUUUUGAAAUAUUUGACUGCUGCUAGUUACCUGCAGAUGGUUCACAUUGUGGAAAAGUGCACAGAAGCUUUGUCAAAGUAUCUGGAAAUUGAUCUUUCUAUGAAAAAUAACAAUCAGCAUACUGACCUGUGUCAAUCCUCUGAUCCAGAUGUUAAGAAUGAAGAAGAAAAUUCAGAUAAAGACUGUGAGAUUAUUGAAAUUUCAGAGGAUAGUCCUAUAAACAUAGAUUUUCACGUAAAAGAAGAAGAAAGCAAUGUUUUACAGUCUACGGUAGAGUUGGCAUCAGAGAGAAAGGAAAUGAAGUCACCAGAGUUGUCUUCAGUAGAUAUUGGUUUUAAAGAUAAUGAAAUUUGUAUCCUCCAUGUGGAAUCUAUUAGUACUGCUGGUGUAGAAAAUGGGCAGUUUUCACAGCCUUGUACCUCUUCAAAAGCAAGCAUGUAUUUCUCUGAAACACAGCAUUCACUGAUCAAUUCUACAGUUGAGAGCAGAGUGGCAGAAGUUCCUGGGAAUCAAGAUCAGAGCUUAUUUUGUGAGAAUACUGAAGGAAGUCAUGGUACAGUGAACGAGAUUCAGAAUCUGGAGGAUGCUUAUUCACUGAGACACCAGUGCCCCAGGUGUCCUCGAGGAUUUCUUCACGUUGAAAACUAUCUGCGCCACCUUAAGAUGCAUAAGUUGUUCUUGUGCUUGCAGUGCGGGAAAACAUUUACGCAGAAGAAAAAUCUCAACCGUCAUAUUCGAGGGCACAUGGGCAUUAGGCCCUUUCAGUGUACUGUGUGCUUGAAGACAUUUACUGCUAAAAGCACACUUCAGGACCACCUGAACAUACAUAGUGGAGAUCGCCCAUACAAAUGCCACUGUUGUGACAUGGAUUUCAAGCACAAAUCUGCCCUCAAAAAGCACUUAACUUCUGUCCAUGGCAGAAGCAGUAGUGAAAAACUACCCAGGCAUGAUCUCAAAAGGCAAAAUCUACUAUAAUUAGAACCACACCUUGCUACGUAAGCCUUAUAUCAUUCUGUUAGGCACGUUUUUCUACAGAAAUGCAGCAUCUGUUAUAUUGCAUCCCCCUCCCCAUCUUUGGGUCUUAAUUUUGGUCUGCCUACACAUGUUAUUCUUUCUGAACGUCUACUAACAGUUCCAAAGUGUGGGAGACGUGAUAAAGCUAAUGGGAUGCUGUCUUAUCUCAUACAGUAUAUGUAAGUCCCAGUGGUGUAUCUAGAGAAAUAAUAUUCCUCUUUUAAAUAUUCUUGAUUCUAGUGACAGAGGAUCCAGCAGUAUUUCUAGAUUCUGAUUUUGACUCUCUAGAUAAAUGAUGUACAUGUAAAAUCCCAACCACAUAAUAAUUUUAAUGAAUUAGGAUAACAGGAAGAGAAAAUAGAUUUAAAAACAUGCUGUAAUCCAUCAUUAAGUCUUUGUAGGACUGCAAUUUUUUUUUUAAAACAAACUGCAGUUGGAUUCUAAAGCUAAGCACCAACGUACUUGUUUUAAACUAUAAGGGAACACACUUCAGAUUCACUUGGGAGUAGUAGAAUUUCCUUGUACAUGGGCUAAUAUUCCUUAAAAUAAUGUUUCCAUGAUUUGUUAGUAUACAUAUCUUAGAAAUGAAUGAUCAGGCCCAAGUUUCUUGAUUUUAUCAUAAAAUAAAAUUUUACGAUCAGUGAAAUUAUACCAUUGGUAUGAAGCUCUGAAAAUUUUGUUUUAGAAAGUCCAACUUUACCAAAGAUACUCUACUGUUUCCUUUUUAAAAUCUAUUUCAUUUUUAUUUUUUAGUUAACAUAUACUAAAACUGACCUUUGUUUUUGGUCUACAUUUACAGAACAUUCCAUUACCCUUAAAAACUCCCUCAUGAUGCCCCUUUGUAAUCAUCAACUCCACCUAUCUUUAAAUCCUGGCAACAGUUGCUAUUGCUAUAAUUUUGCCUUUUCUGGAAUGAUGUGAGUAGGAUCUUAUAGUAUGUUCCCUUGUGAGAUGAUUUUUUCACCACACAGAAUGCCAUUGGAUUCAUCCAUGUUGUUGUGUAUAUCAAUAGUUCAUUACCUUUUUUACUUUGAAUUGGUAAUAUAUAUUAUCUUGCUGUCACUAGAUGAACAGUUUAAAUAUGGUUAGCUAUUAGUGUUCUUUUAAUUAUUAACUUUUUUCAUUUACAUUAAUGCAAUUUUCAUUUACCACGUGUUGACAGAAAUCCUAACCAUCCCUAGACUUAUUUUGUAUUUCCAGAAAUGUGCCAAAAGCAAAACCAUGACUCUAUGGUUGUUUUAGUGAGAGUACUAUUUCUGAUUGUGUUAUGAGCCAUUGUUCUCCACUAUCCCUGUGUACAAAUAACACAAAACUUUUUGUUGUCAAAGCGAAGAUUAAAAUCUAUCGCAGGGCAAAUCAUACUGUCUAAAAUGCAGGAACUACUUUUAGUUAAAGAAGCCUGACUAGAUACAUCUUACUUUCAAGAUGUUCUAUUCCUCCUCUACUCACCUCAGCUUUACGUAGAAUUUCUGCUAUACUUAGGUUCUGAAGCCCUUCCACAUUUUAAAAUGUAAUAUACUUUGUACCAUUUAUAAGAAUUUUGUGAUUGAUCACAUGUUGAUAGUUAUAAAUGUUAAAUAUCCUUUUUGUGAUACUUUUGUGAAAAAUAUAUUCUCCAUAGAAUUUUAACUCUGGGAGCCACUUUAAAGAAUCCAGCUCUCAUCUUUGAUAAGAAAACCAACUUCAUAACCCUUUCCCCCCAUGCCACUUGUUAGUGACAUUGGACAAGUCACCCCUCUAUCAGUUUUUCUUAAAUUUAUAUGUAAAACAAUAACUUUGAACUUGGUAAUUUGUAAGAUUAUUUCCAGCUCCAAAAUUCUAUGAUUUUAUACUUAAAUCUUCCUGAGUUUCUAAGAACAGAGAAGAGGGGAAAGCAAGACAGGAGAGUUUUGUGUCUUCAUGAAUGUUGCUAUUUGAGUAGUACUUUGGAGACAGAAUUUUUCUAAAGUAAAUAGUGUUUUUCUUCCACUGGAGAACAUGAUAGUGCAGCGUUUGAUUUUCUUUCCCAUUUGACCUAUUAUUGGCCACUUGUAGGUAUGAAAACAUUUCCCUUUCAGAAAUAGUUUGUGCUUGAAGUACUUUUCUUAUUUUUGCUUCCUAGGAUGAAAUUUUGUGGGGGAGGGAUGGAGAUGGGAGGGAAGGGUAAAAGAAUAGUAAUAAACUGGUUUUUUAGGAAUUGGUAUCUACUAUCCUUGAUGUUUGAAAAAAUUAUGGUUGAACCAUGUUUAAGUUUUAUGUGUGCCUUGUAAGAUUCUUGUGGCAUUUUUUGUAAGCACUUUGAGAUAUUUGCUUGGGGGGAAGGGUUGUUUUGUGAAAGUGAUGGUUGUUAUUUAUUUUUAUUUAUUCCUGUCCAGUAGCACAGAGUGAUCUCAGAACAUUCCUAGCACAGUGUCUGUUUGCAUGAUGUAUAUAAACAAGUCCAGGAAAAUGGAAUCUUUUUAAAAAUGCAGGUAUGGCAAAGUAAAGUGUUGAAUUUAUUCAUUUAAAACAUUCACUUUUAAUUGUUUGUGUUUCUGAUAUGAUGGGGAAAAAUGCAACUGUUUGAGUUCAGCCUCUUCAUUUACUGCAUUUAUGUAUAAAGGAUCUUGGAAAGGUAGUUGUUACUUUGGUAUAAGAGAAAAUCCUUACUGUUUUUCCUUCAAUGUAACUAUAUGUUUACAUUUAAAAGAAAAUAAACUGGAGAUGGGAAUGGA